UCACCCUCAGGCCAUCCAAGAUAUAUCUGAGUUUUUUUAGGAUUUCAUUUCAGGCCUCCUCCUCUAAACAAUGCAAGUGAAUGAACUAAAUUUUUUGAUGGUCCAAAAUGCAUAUUUAGGGUGCAUCAAAAUAAUGCAAAUGUUCGCUUCCAUACAUCUCUGUGACUUGCGCUCAUGAGAGGGAUGACGUACACUCGUUGGUAAGGUCACGCAUCACAUGGAGGAGUUUACAAGAGAAACUUGUGCCAUUCACAAACCAAAACAGUCCAAAACAAUAUAAAAUAAAAUAAAAAAUAAUUUUCAAAUAAAAAUUAUAAUAAUAAAAAAACAAUGUAAACAAUGACGCGCUUCCUGAUGUGAAGCGUGACCUUACCAACAAGCUUACAUCAUCCCUCUCAUGAGCGCACAUCACAGAGAUGUACGGAAGUGAACAUUUGUAGUUAAAAAGUACAUAAGUAUUGUUUUGUUUCUAAAAAUAAUCAAUCGUUUGCAUUCAGAAGAAUUUUAUUUGUCGACUGCAGUCGUGUGAUUAUUUUGAUGCUCCCUAAAUAUGCAUUUUGGACUGUCGAAAAAAUGGAGUACAUUCACUUGCAUUGUUUAGAGAUGGAGGCCUGAAAUGAAAUCCUAAAAGUCUUAAAUUCUGUUUUGAUGAAGAAAGAAACAUCUUGGAUUAUCAGCAAUUUUUCAUUUUUGGGUGAACUAUUCCUUUAAGUAUAUUAGUCAGCAAGUGAAAUAUAUAAUAUUGGGUAAAUUCUAUCUACACUACCUAUUUGUAAACAGUAAUAACUGCAACAUAAAAAAAUAAAGUAAAAUAUACCCCAAAAUAUUAGCCCUGCACCGCAAAGUGCGCAUGCAUCAGCAUCCAGGCGGGAAUCUCGGGAUUCAUCCGUGUCGGCAGGACCGGAGAUUGUGGAGCUGCUGGUAAGAUUUUUGUUUAACAUGUCGCUGUGUAUGAUAUCAUGAAUGCAAAUGUUAACUUAUUUAAUGGUAAGAUCUUUCACAAGAUUUGUAGUCGGGGUGCUUCUGUGUUAGACCAGGAAUUUAAGUUUGUAGCCAUCUCUACAAUUUGUAGUCGGUCAAUUUAUCUUUAAUAGCGGACUGUAGGGUCCAAAAUUGGUGCCUGUAAAUGCGUGUAAAAAUCUACAUUGGUGAUUAAAAUAUAGUAGCUGCCAUUAGCGUGAUGUGCAUAACUGAAAUGAGUGAAACCGCUAGCGAAGCUGCUUUAAGGAAUAACUCUCGUAGUGACUGUGUGGUCGAGAGAGAGAGAGAGAGAGAGAGAGAGAGAGACACGGUUGAUGCGCUAUCUGAGAACAGACAGGUUUUGGCGAUCAGAACAGAGAAAUUAGCUGUAAAACUGUCAGUGUGGUAUGCUGGAUAAUUAAUGUCACAAUUUUCAACAUUCAGUUUUCCUGAAUGCCUUUCAUCUAUUUCUCUCCUAUACACUUUCAAUUUUAUUUAUUGAUUUAUUGCUUUAUUUAUUUAUUUUUGAUAAUGAAAGAACUUCAUAAUUUUUAUACUUACCUUGAGUAGUGAGAUUCCUUAAUGUCAAAUUGAUGUUUUCUUAAUUUGCUUGUCUUUAGUCUAUUUUCAUGUGUUUUCCUACGAAGUCCGUCUCGUUUAAACGAGAUUUGUUUAAAGGAGGAUGCACAGCAUACUGCAGCCUUCAAAGGACGUGUCCUACCUAGCAUGCAGCCAAUGGGUCUUGACGGUAACAAAUUCCCUUUAGAAGGGAAUGUAUGAGGUACAUUUUAGGACAGUUAUAGUGAUGUAAAGAGAAAAGAAAAUAGAUUUUACAGGUGUACUUUUAGUCUAAUACUUAAUUUUAAUUAUAUAUUCAUAUAAUAAUACACAGGGAUGGAUUACUGACCGGGCCAAUGGGGCCAGUGCCCAGGGGCCCUUGACUACCAGGGGGGGCCCUGGACUUUAAGGUUGCACGAUCCAGUUUGGAGAUCCCCCGGCUCGAAAACCCAGCAACAAUGAAAACGAGAAAACAGUUUUUUGUUUCAAAGUCACAAAACAACAAUUUGGGUGUUUAAUAUUAGCUUAAUAUUUAAUAUAAGCUUCACUUUGAUCAUAUAUCAUGUAAUUAGCUGCCGCAAUAGCAGGUGUCAUGUGAGGCAGAGGACGUCUCUAGUAUUUUCCGAUCAGCAAGUACGCUGGAGUCUUUGCUUUAAACCGAAACACUGGCUCUGGCGGAUUUUUUAAAGUUGACGGAUGCAUUUGGGGUCAGCCUUAACAAACUUUUAUGAUGAUGAAAAAGGAGCCCUGAAGCCAGCUGAUAUGUUUUAAAAUCCCAAAUUAUGACAAUUGGAUUAUGAUGAUAAAAAUGUAACAAUUCUGUGGUGGCUGGCUCCAGAAAAGAAAUUAUAGCAAUCUCAUGUCUAAUAAUUACUUAGAACACUUUAUUUGAGCACAGGGUCCUUAGACAUGUUGUUUAAUGCUUUUUCAAAUUGAGAUGAUGCUAAGUGAAUCCUAUUAGGCCUUUCUGAAGUCUUGAAUUAUUAUGUAUUACUUGUGUGCAUUUUUGUACAUUAAACCAUAACUUCAUAUUAUUUUCCUCACAGGGCAGUCAGACACUUGUCCAUAAACUGCAUGACAAACAGCUGCAAGUUUUCACAAAAUUCCUUGCCUGCUUUGUUCAGUCUGAACACCUGAACCCAAUACCCAAAGCUCUGGCUACUCUGGACUUUGAUGGCAAACUGCUGCCUGUGAAAGAGAUGUAUGUGGGAUGGGAUGCUGAUCGAUUCAGAGUGUCACAUCUACAAUACUCUCUGCUGAAGCCAUUCCUUCAACAAGUCUCCAGGGCAUACACUACAUGUGCCAAAUACCUGCAGAAAAAGUUGCCUUUGCACAGCAAGACCCUGCAGUGUUUGUCUGCCAUGGAUCCAGUUGUGAGAGGGCAAUCUCAGACUGGGUUUGAACUGAAGAAGCUCACACAAAUGAUGAGUCACAUGCUGCCACCUGAUGCUGCCACUCACCAGGAGAUUCUUCAGUAUAGUGUGGACCAAACCCUGCCCACUUUCAAAGAGGGAGAUGAUGUUGUGACAUGGUGGGUCUCUGUCUUUGAAACAGGAAAAUAUCCACGCCUGUGCCAAGCUGUAAAAGCUGCCAUGUCCAUCUUCCAUGGUCCCUUGGUGGAAUCGUCUUUCAAUCUGAUGGGCGACAUCAUAGACCCCAGAAGCACCAGCAUGAACAUUGCUACAUUUAGUGCCAUCCAGACUGUGAAAUACACUUUGCAGUCCAGGAAGCAGUGUGCCAUAGAGAUGUUCAGUAGGGAUGAUGUUAAGUUUGGGACAGUAGACAGGCGGCUGUGCAGCAACAUCAAUUCGGCAGGAACAAGAGACAAGGCCCAGCGACAAAAGAAUUUGCUCAGAGUCCGAGAGAGGAGGAUGGAGUUUGACUGCCAGCCAUCUACAAAUGCUGCAGAGAAAAGGCUUGAAGACGAAGAGGAAGAAAAUGUUGCAAGAAAGAGGCAUAUUGCUAAGCAGCAAAAACAGGCACUUGAAAGACUUGUGCAAGCCAAAAGACUGAAUAAAUAAAUACAUUUUUGACCAGCAAGUUGUGGUUGGUGUGCCAAAAAGUUCAAGUGAAGUGGUGUCAAUAAAUGUUUUUUUUACUUGAAGCAGAUGUUGUCUUUUCCCUUUAUUUUCUUGUCAGAAUUCACCAGAAUGCUUUGUUUACAUGUUAAAAUCUCAAAAAAUCUAUUCUGGGGGAGGAUGCCCCAAGACCCCCCUACAGGGAUUUAUUUCAUAAACAUGUCACCUUUUUCACCUCUUG